ACAGUGUGUCGAAAAAAUUCUUGAAAAAAAGUCAUAGUAUAGUAUGUCAAAAAAAUAAAAAAAGUCAUAGUAUAGUAUGUCGAAACAAAUAAACGCACAUCUUGAAAUGUUUUACUUGUAAACUGACAACUGAGUGUCUACCAUAGUGGAAAAUGAAGCAGUAGGCCAAAGCUCUAUAUUGCUUUUAAAAUGAAUAACUUAUGGACUGUUCACCAUAGAUUUAAUACAGUGUAUUUCUUUUCCAGAGAUUGUAGCAAUGUCAUGCUGUUGUAAGCCCUCACAUCUAGGUGAUGGGGAAAACGAAACUUAAAGGUUGUGUCAGUCAAAGCAGCUAAAAUGUGUCUUUAACUUCCGGUAAUCACCUUCAAAAUAAAGUGAUUAUUCGUGUGUUAAAAUCUGGACCAAAAGUGUAAAUUUAAUUAAGCUAAAAGUAUCCUAGUAUUCACUCAAACACACAAUAGUUUGGGAAUGCAAUAUUAAUUGUAUUUUAUUGGUGCACAUUUUUCUUGGAGCUAUGAGAAUAAGACCAUCAGUUGUAGCCUAGUAAUAAAAAAAAAAAAUUGGCUACAUUACAGAAAUACACCAGUCAUCUGUUUCUUACGAAGGAGAACUUAUUGGAUUUGAUUGUCGGUAAGAAAAUACAUAAUAAUGCUUUCCUCCUAAAAACAAAACAAACAAAGCAGUCUAACAAGAUAAGGGUGUGGUCAGGAACAGAAUUUGACCCUGGCAAUAGAAAUGUUCAGUAAAGAUGUUAAAACGUUUGUUAAAGUUUGUAGUAUUCGUGUCAUCCUGUUAAACAUCCAAAAUGUCCACACUAAUAAAUUACACUUUUUUAGAAGAUUGAGUUUUUUACUCUUUUAUUUUGAAGGCUACAUCCGGUCUUAUUCAGGCUGAAUGUGUGUCUGCAUCAUCACCUUCAUCACCUUCAUCAUCUUCAUCUUCCCGGAAAGCUGCUUCUUCCUGACUGCGUUCAGAGACACUUUGAAGACUCUAGACAGGAACUUCAGCAGAACAACUACUAUCUAUCAUGAACUCCAUGCUAACCAGGAGCCAGCAGAGAACUAUCUGCUCCCAGCUGGGAACUGUCAAACUCAAGCUGCUGUACAAGGCCAGCAUCCAUGGUUUCACCAGCAAAGCCUUCCACAAACAAUGUGACAACUGCGCUCCCACCGUGUCUGUUGGCUACAACGCCACCGAUUAUGUGUUUGGAGGCUACACCCAACAACCCUUCAGUCAGUCUGGGCAGUACGUGCAGGAUGACCAGGCCUUUCUUUUCACAUUUAGUGGAGAAAAGCUCCUCAAAUAUCCGGUCACAACUCCUGCUAAUGCAGUGAGAAUGAUAAGUAACUCUGGUCCAUAUUUUGGAGAAGACUUUGUCCUUGUCAAUGGAAGCAAAGCAGUAGUGUAUAGCGGUCCAGGAAAUUAUUACAACUUUACUGCUGCAGAAAUGCAUGGCAACGACCUCGACCUGACUGAGUGUGAAGUCUAUGAAGUGGAAGCAAACCCAGAAUUUGAGAAGCCGUGGAGGCCGGUGGUCUGGGAAAAUGAGAAGAGGACAGAGCUGAUGGAGACUAUUAAGCUCUACUGCCCCACAGUCAGCUCUGUGUCCCAGGUUCGGGUCCUGCUCAUUGGACCAGUUGGAGCUGGAAAGUCCAGCUUCUUCAAUUCUAUCAACUCUGUAUUCAGAGGCCACGUCAGCAACCAGGCUUUCGCUGGCUCCUCUACCACCAGCAUCACCACACAGUUUCGCACCUACUCAGUGAAAGCUGGACUAGAAGGAAAGCCUCUGCCAAUCAUCUUGUGUGAUACCAUGGGAUUGGAAGAAAGCGUGGGGGCGGGGCUUGACAUGGAUGACAUCAUCAGCAUCCUCAAAGGUCACGUACCAGACACCUAUCAGUUCAACGCCUCUGCUCCUCUGCAUUCGGAGGCCAGCGGCUAUCGUAAGUCUCCAGACCUCAAGGACAAGAUCCACUGUGUGGUCUACGUCAUCGAUGCCUGCAAGGUCUCCAUCAUGUCCACAAAACUGGAGAUGAAGCUGGAAACUAUCCGCAGAAAGGUCAACUCAAUGGGGAUUCCUCAGCUCGUCCUGAUGACUAAGGUGGAUGAAGCCUGCCCUUUAGUUUCACAGGACAUUCGGAACAUCUAUAAGAGCCGCUACAUCGAGGAAUUGAUGCAGGAGGUCAGCGCUCGGCUCCGUGUGUCAAUGUCCUGUGUUGUUCCGGUGAAAAACUACAGCAAAGAGUUUGAGUUGGACGUGAACUGCGACAUCCUGCUGCUCACCGCCAUCAUCCAGAUGCUUCGCUCCGCUGACAGUUACUUCGAUGAACUCAGUGACCGAUUCAGUAAAACCAGUCUUUGAAACCAACAGUGAUAAAACCAAACUGCCAUGAAUGUUUUCAGGCAAGUCAUUCCAGUGCCUAUUUUUUUCCAUCAAGCUUUGAAGUAACUAGCUUUAUCUUAAAGUUAUGGUUGGUAAUGCUGAGAAAAUUAGCAUGAGUACGCUAGAUUUAAAAAAUGAUUUCCCUAAAUCUAGCGAGAAAGUUGCCAAGACACAAGGCUCUCAUCUAGGAGACCGCUGUUCGUGUCCCGUGCGUCAAGUUUCACUACACAAUCAGCUGAUAAUCGUAGUUAUUUUAAGCCCAAGCAUGAUGUUUUUUACUAAACCUAACUAAAUGGUUUUGUUGCCUAAACCUAAGCAAGUGUUUGGUUAAUUCACAACAUUAAGCACAUGUUUACUGCGACCGAAAAGUGACGCCUGAGGCCUGUGCUACGAAGCAGGAUUUGGAGUUAGCGAGGUAACUUCAGGUUUAACCCUGAGUUUUCAGUCCUACUACAGUGUUCACUUCUUACCGGGUAGAUCGCCAUGGUAACAUAUGCCGAACACCUAACCUGCUUAGGUUAUGUUCGAGAUAAGAGAUCAACUCGUAUAGCACCGCCUACUGACCAAUCAGAGGCUAAAAGCUACACAGUUUGAACUGAAAGAUGCAGGAAGGACAGCUGCCGCUCUGCUGACAGUAGACUCGUAUGUUUUAAACACCACCCCUUUUAUUGUUUACCCAGAUUGAGAAACCCUGGGUUGAUUUACCGAGUUGAUAACCACCGUCGUAGGACUGUUUAGCGGGAUAUCGGAAGAUACCCUGGAUAUGUUGAACUCGCUUCGUAGUACAGGCCUCUGGUCUGACAAACCAUCAGUAUGUGACGAGUUGGAAUGAGAACGUGUUGGACAGCCCGUCCCUUCAGGCCUCCCUCCAAAGCCACUCCCCCAAAAUGAUCAUGAUGAACGUAAACCACGAACAUGGCUAUUGUGGCUAUAGCCCGUCCAAUAAUUACAUUUGGGAUGACUGGAAUGAUUGGACGGGUUUAUUACAGUCCUGCGACAGCCACAGAUUUUUGUAGUCCUUUUUUGAUUAUUGAUUGCUGUAAGGAUGUUAAGAGAAUUUCAAUGUAUAACAAAAAUGUUUUUGAAGAGCACUACCAACCCUAGCUCUUAACAGUAUUUGAUGUCAGGGAAAUAACUUCCCAGUUUCUCAGAUGUGUGCAGAUAAGAUCAUGUUUAUUGUUAUGUUGCAUGUUAGCUUGUGCUUCCAGUUGUGUCACUGACAAUAAGGACAGGAUGUCAUGAAGAAUUAUCAUUCCUAAAAUGAAUAAUUACUGUCAGUAUUUUGUUAAAUAAAAGCUCAAAGUGCAUGAA